CACACUUCAGGUGCACAUAUUCAGGGAAGACGCGCUCCCGAAGAACAAUACACACACACACACACCCUUUCUCAAUGCGGCUCCUUGCUCCUUGGCGCUGGAAAUUGAUCAGUAGAAGUACUGCUGUAGCCUAUCAUUAGCCAACGGUGACAUUCACUAAACUGCGCGCCCAGACUGGCAGGUUGCUGUACUAGCACUAUGGAGGACAACCCCAAGGAUGAUAGCGCAGCGAAGGGACAGGAAUCGAUUUCCUACCAACGAAGGAUGUGGAAGAAUUUCCAAGACAAAACCAAACCGUUUUUGAGCCCCAAAUCGGGCUCUGGGCGUCGCAGUCCCGACAGUAAAAAGGAGACCGGGUUAUGGAUGUUUAAAAGGAAAAAGAAAGAGCUAGACCGUUUCUUUUCGUCCUCACAGCCCAAUCUCUGCUGCUCUACCCCGGCGUCUUUCCCGGCUGACCAGUCCCUCGGCGGUACAGCGCCUGGGAGCAGCAGCACCGGGCAACCUCUGCAUCAGCUACUGGGGGCUGAUAGAGCGUCCGCGAGCAAGCCAGAUCUAACGGGACAUGACAGCCCGAAGCUCAUCGUCUCCCAUUUAAUCCUGUCCCAUCAGAAGAGCUCCUCUCUUGGCUCUGCAUGCUUCGAGAAGCUGGUAGUAGAAUCUUCGGUCGUUGGAGAGGAGGAACAGUUGUGCAAAAACGCCAGUGUUUCUGUGAGUAGGCUAACAUGAAUAUAAACAGCGUGCCACACAUCUCCA